CUUGGCUCAUGUAGCUAGGGAUUAGUUAGUUAGAUCAGAUCAAUCUGUGCUGACAGCUAAGAGAGACGCAAUAAGGUGGGGGAUUCGGGAGGUCGGAGAGAUGGCCACGAAUGAUAGAGCUGGGUGUUAGUACUUGAAGGGUUAGUCGAUAUAUCUCUGAAUAUGGCUGCCUGACAUCGUCGCCUGGUGGUGAAGAGAAAAAGAAAAGGAGGAAUGAAGGAGAAGGAGACGAGGACGAAGAAGAAGAAAAGACGAAGGUCACGUUGGCAACGUCGUCAUAAGGCUGCGGGAAGGAGCACGACCACAUUUUAUCUCCCCCAACGUCAUUUCACCUUACCCUGACUAUUAUUAUUAACCACCGUUUUCUAUAACUAACCAUAUCUCGAGGACUGGAUCUGUGUAUAUCCAAUUUGACCCUUUCUUCGACAGUGUUGCCGACAAGUCAAGCAGAAUACGCCGACUCUUUCUGCCCUACAAAUUUAAGCUCUCGGAUCUGUCUCUUCUUUUUUUCCCGGAGGGGCUGUGUGUUUUGACGCCAAUCCGCAUCCCGCAUAUAGCUGUCCACUUGCUGACAACAAAAAAUUUGCUGAAACAACCUGCUGGAUUAUAUCGGACUCAUAUCGGGAUCUGUUAUACAACGCAGAGGCAGCGAUCCGACCACACCGAGGAGUCAGUGAAUUGUGUGCGAUUCAGAUAGCAGUCAGCCAUGCCGCUUCCCCACGUCCACUCACACCGCCGCUCGUCUCUGAGCAACAAGUCCUCCGAUAAUGAAGCCGAAGACGAGACCGUUGUUGAACCGGAGCAGGGCAAUGUCCUCUCUCAUAUCAUUUCGCAACUUCGACCCGGAGCCGACCUGAGUCGUGUUACUCUCCCCACGUUCAUUCUCGAGCCGCGGUCCAUGCUGGAACGAAUUACAAACUUCAUGGCACAUCCGGAAACACUCCUACCCAUGCCGACUAUCGAAGACCCUCUGGAGCGUUUCGUAUCGGUGGUCAAAUUCUACUUGAGUGGAUGGCACAUUAAACCUCCAGGAGUGAAGAAACCGCUGAACCCGAUUCUCGGCGAGGUUUUCACGUGUUACUGGGACUAUGACGAUGGCACUCGAGGCUAUUACAUCUCAGAACAAACGUCCCAUCACCCGCCGAAAUCUAGCUAUUUCUUUAUGGCCCCGGAGCAUCAUAUCAGGAUAGACGGUACUCUGAAGCCGCGCAGUAAAUUUCUUGGAAACUCGGCUGCCAGUCUUAUGGAAGGUAUUGCAAUAUUACGGCUAUUGAACCGCGGCUUGAAUCCGGCCAAAGGCGAGCGAUACAUCCUAACACAGCCUAACAUGUAUGCGCGAGGUAUUCUCUUCGGAAAGAUGAAAUACGAACUGGGAGAUCACAGCUUUAUCAAAUGUCCUGAGAACCAUCUCGUGUGCGACGUUGAAUUCAAAACAAAAGGCUACUUCUCCGGUACAUACAAUGCUAUUGCUGGAACGAUCAAGAAUGACCAGACGGGUGAAGUAUACUAUGAGCUAUCGGGUCUGUGGAAUGGCGAGAUGUAUUUGAAGAACGUUGCAACAGGAAAGAAGGAGCUUUUGUUCAAUGCAACCCGCGCCAAACACACCCCUCCAAAAACACGACCACUCGAGGACCAGUCCGAACGAGAGUCUCAAAGGCUAUGGUACAGCACUAUCCAAGGAUUGAAUGCAAGAAACCAUGAAGUAGCCACGACAGAAAAGACCAAGAUCGAAGACCAACAGCGUGAAGAAGCAGCAAAACGAGCCGAAGGAAACGUAGAAUGGCAUCCAAAACUGUUCCGUGCCGUCCGCGGGGGACCUGGAGGAUCCGAGGAGGGUGAAGAAGAUCUCGACUGGAUAAUCCAUGCUGAAAUUAAUGCCAACGACAUCCAAAAAGCGCACAAACAAAUCCUCGCCAUCGCACCCAUCAUCCCCGGUCAAAAAGCAUCCACAGAACUCCACACCCAUUACAACCAACCAUCUAUAACAUCCACAUCCACAAAAUCUUAUGCCCAAUCCCACGGCGGCGAUCUCAUCGAUUUCGGCGAUGAUAUGACCUCUGGCGCGCCAGCCGCAAAGCCAGCCUCGGGGGCAUCGCAUGAUUUACUGGGUAAUGAUACUUCGUCGGGACUAAUGGCUCCGUUGCAACCUGGGUCAUUGACAUCGUCGCAGGCAAGUCAUGAUCCGCAUCCGGUGAAGAGGGUGGAUUCUUCGACAGAUGAGGUGGAUGUAUUUGUUGAUGCGGAGGAGAAAUAGAUAGGAUUAAACUAAUAUUGUGGAUGUUUAGUUUGAAUCAAUUGGUUAAACCCUU